GCUGUUCGAUGAUAUUGUGAGGUCCUUUCUGUAAUUUGUUAUUGGCAACGACGAACAGAUGAAUUUGGUGGACUGGUUGUUGGUAUUUGAUCCGUAACUCAUUGUUUCGAUCUUCGAAUCGAAUAGCUUCACAGUUUCUUGAGCAGAGAGAUGUUAAGGUAUUGAGAUCUGCGUCGUUGAGAAAAUCGAGUAGUGGAAGGAUGUACGCGGUGGAGAGGCUGAGUAGUUACAUCAGCCGCGGUGUUUAUACGGUUGCUGGCCCUUUUCACCCUUUCGGAGGAGCUGUUGAUAUAAUUGUUGUCCAACAACCUGAUGGAAGCUUCAAAUCAUCGCCUUGGUAUGUCAAAUUUGGAAAGUUUCAAGGGGUAUUGAAGACGAAGGAGCAGGUGGUUAGUAUUAUUGUUAAUGGAGUCGAAGCCGAGUUUCAUAUGUACUUGAAUCAUAAAGGAGAAGCUUACUUCCUCGAGGAGUUGGACGGUGAAGAAGGGGACUCUGUUUUGUCUCCUCCAUCUUCCUGUGAUGAGAUGGAGGAGCAGUCCCAGUCUGAGAAUGGAAGGAUUAAAAAGUCUAAAAUUGAUGAUUUUGAUGCUAAUCAGCCAAGCACGGCCGCUCCAACUGAUGAAGGGAAGGCAAAGGUUGUGACAAAGAUGAGAUCUCGUCGGUCUGGCAUUUUGGGGCUGGUUUUCGGACAGAAUUCUAUAAAGGAAGACGGUAAUAGGAGCGAAGGCAGCAUCGUUCGUGCCGAACGGUCGGCUUCACUGGAACUUGCAGAGAUUGCAGCUGACCUUUUGGAGCUGAAAUGGUCUACCAAUCUUCCAACUAUUGUGCCUAGGAUGGGCAAUGCUUCUAAGUUCUCUGUGCCAGUUGAUGAGGCUGAUAAGGAUUUGCAGGCUAAUAACGAACAAAGCCCGGGCAGCCCGUCGCUUCGUGAUAGCAUUAGCAAUAAUUCUGAUUUUUCUACUGCAAAUGGUGAAACUGAUCUCUGCAACAAUAAUGGGUCUGGUUUUAAUAAUCGAGAGAAUCCUGAUGAUGUGAUUAGUCCAACGGAGAUACUUUUGACAACCCAGGAACAGGGCAUGGAGAUUUCCACAUUAGAGAUGUUUGAUAUGGACAGCCGGUGUGAGGUAAUCUCUGAGGUAUCAACAAUUAUCAACAAAUCUUGGGCGGGGAAUGCUGUUUCUGAGGAAAGGGCUGAAGGUUCAGUCUCCAAGACUAAUCCAGAUUUGGUCGAGAUUGAACUGGGGCAGAGUACACACUCUGGUAUAGAGCAGUCUUCUGAUGGACUAUCUACUAUUUUAAGCACUGGUAUUCUUCUGGAGGAAACUGGAAAUCAAAACUCUAAUUCCUACACAUACAUUGAAACGGCAGACGUCUCAACUGUUGGGAUGAAUUGCUCCUUUCAACAAUCGACUGAAACUCUGGAAUUUUAUUCUGGCGGAUGUGAGGAAGUAGAGCCUCAUUCUCAAGUUUUAUAUCAGCCUACUGAGCUUAUACCUGAGGUAACCCCACAUCAAGAUUCUAGAGUACUCACAAUCAAAGAAAAUAUUACUGAUACAGGAAUUGUAGGAGAUGGAGAUUCCUCUAAGUUUCUUAACACUCGAACUGUUCAUGAAAAUGAGUUAACCUCAGAUGACUCAAUUGCAGAGUCCCUUGUAUCACGCAAUUUGCAUGUGGCUACGUCUAAUUCUGUUGAAACUGAGACAUUAGAAGUUAAUCACCAAGAUACUGUAACUGAGGGCCUUUCUCAGAAUGAUAAUUUGGAGACAGAACAAGUCAAGGUUUUGGAGAAUGAAUCCCAAGUAGCAGAUCUUUCUUGUUCUCGUAUAACUGAAAAUUCAAAGUUGCUAGUUUCACUUAAUGAAGAGGUUGGUGUCAAUGAAAUCCUUGAUUUGCUUGAAGAAGCAGUGUCGCAAAGUAUGGGCACCUCUUCUGAUGUGAGCAGUUCAAUUCUAGUCCAGUGUAAGGAAAAUAUUGGUUUAGAUGAUAAGACAAAAGAGCACUCUCCAUCAUUAGAUUUUGUUUGUGAUACUCAAAAACCACUUUUAAACUCUGUCCCUGUGAAGGAAAGCAUUCCACCACCAGAAAGUUUGGAAGAAGAUCAGCUUCUAUUUGGUGACAUUGAUGGCCUUGAUCCCAUCGGUGUCCAACUUAAGGAAUCAGUUUCUCAGGAAUCCAUAAAGAUUGAAUAUCAUCCAUCUCUUACGUUGGAUGGCAUUGAAGAUGUGCAUGAAACAGUCGAUAUAAAUCAUGAUUCAUCUUCGUCUCGAGGCAAGCUUGCUGACAUAUACCCUGCUAGUAAUUUUGAAGGUUUGAUUGAGGAAUCAGGGACUCAAUCAAGUCCAAUUAGAAUUCCAAAACCUCAUAAGGUUUCUGGAGAAAAUGGUUUGCGGUUGCUGGAAUCUUUACCCAUUAUACGGUCCCACAUUGAUAGUCUAGAAAAAUCUGAUGCUCAUCACCCUCUAAGCCAUUCUCUAGAUUUAAAUUCUGGGAAUUUGAGGUUAGGGCUUCUUGUGCAAGAUGUCUCGUCCUCUUUAAAGGCAGAUGCAGACUCUGAACAUAGCUUAGCACACAAGCAUCCCAGAAUAUUGGAUACUCAGGCCACUGCGGAACUCGAACGUGCAUCAACCAGCAGUAACGUUGGGGAACCAGAAAGAGCGCUUGCUCGAUCUGGUGGAAGCUGGAGACUCUGGCCUUUCCAGUUCGGAAAAUCAAGAACCAUGAACUCUGUGCGGCUGACUCUGGAUGGCCCUAAAGAUUCUAAUGCUUCAGAUUGUGCUGGUGAUUUUAUCAAGGAUAAAAAUGCACCCAAAACAAAGGUCACUAAAAAGAAGGUUAGAAUAAUCAUUCCGACAUCUGAACAGCUGGCAUCCUUGAAUCUGAAGGAAGGACAGAACAUGAUAGCCUUCACAUUUUCAACUACAAUGGUGGGGAGGCAGCAGGUGGAUGCUAGAAUUUAUUUGUGGAAAUGGAACACUCGUAUAGUUGUCUCCGAUGUUGAUGGCACAAUUACGAAUGCAGAUCAGAUGUUCUUGGACAGUUCAUGCCUUUGGUUGGGAAAGAUUGGUCACAGACAGGUGUUGCACAUCUAUUCUCAGCGAUUAAGGAAAAUGGCUAUCAGUUGCUUUUCCUUAGUGCUCGUGCAAUUUCUCAGGCGUAUCUCACAAGGCAGUUCCUGGUCAACCUUAAGCAGCAUCACUGUCUUCUUGCAUUUGCAGGAUGGGAAAGCUCUACCUGAUGGGCCAGUUGUAAUUUCCCCUGAUGGACUCUUUCCUUCCCUCUUCCGAGAGGUAAUUAGAAGAGCUCCUCAUGAAUUUAAGAUUGCAUGCUUGGAGAAUAUCAGGGCAUUAUUUCCUCCAGAUUGCAAUCCAUUCUAUGCUGGCUUUGGAAACAGAUAUACUGAUGAGAUCAGCUAUCUUAAGGUUGGAAUUCCCAAAGGCAAAAUCUUCACCAUUAAUCCUAAGGGUCAGAUUGCUGUAAACCAUUGGGUUGACACAAAGUCAUACACAUCUCUUCAUACACUUGUGAAUGGAAUGUUUCCAGCCAAGUCCUCCGCUGAACAGGAGGACUUCAAUUCAUGGAAUUACUGGAAAAUGCCUCUUCCAAAAAUCAAUGUUUAAAGAUUCUGAAGAGAAUUACUGGUUUCUUGCCGGACAGAAGGAUGUCAGCAUUUUGAUUCCAGAAUUCAGACUGCCAAACUUUUAAUAGAGAGGUGGCAACAGAGGCGAACUCGAGCGAUUAUUUGUGCUUGGGUUUGUUGAUAGUUGGUGGCAGAAAAUGUUGUACAGAAUAGUUUCUGUUAGAUACUUAGAUGGGUUCAAGGGUAUUCUCAACUAGGUUAGUCAAAUUUAUAAAGCUGUGUUCAUGCAACCCCAUGAACACUGUAAGCAUUGAUGGGUAAGCUUAUUAAAAAUGAAUGGGCAUAUAUACUUGUAUCAUUGUUUCUACAUGCAAAAGCAAUUUGUCACCUCAUAUGUACCAACAUAUGCUUAUUGUUCAAGUUAU